CUCCCGCCCCGUUCCGCCAUCAUGCAGUCAUGAACAAAAAAGCGAAUGAGACAGAAAAAACAGGAAUGGGCCUGUCGUUGACAGAAGGAGAUAAAAUGAAGGAAUGAUACCGACGGCAUGACAAAACUUGAUAACAGUACGUCCGGAAGAGGUGGAAUAUCUGGGUGUGAAUUAACGUUAAAGUGUUCAUCCGCUUUGCUUGACAAUCAGCUGAUUGUCUCCGUUAACGGUUAACAGCAGUGUUAUUUCAUCAAAACGAAUGAUCGGACUGAUUACCGAACGCAUGUCAAGAUCAACACAAUAGCAUUAGAUGGAUCGCUAUUCAAAUCGACGAGGACUCUUUGUAUGAAGUGAGAUAAAGGAGGUCAGAUUUUCUUCAGGCCGGAGAGCUAGCUGACUCAAGCUAGCUACAGUGGAUCCCAUAAACCACGGCGCUGGCCAUGCCGUCGAGUGUGCGGGCUGGGAAUCUCAAGGACCCAGAGGUGGCGGAGCUUUUUUACAAGGAGGAUCCAGAGAAGCUCUUCACAGACCUGCGUGAGAUCGGCCAUGGCAGCUUUGGUGCCGUCUACUUUGCCCAUGACAUCCGCACCAAUGAGGUGGUGGCCAUUAAAAAGAUGUCAUACAGUGGCAAGCAGUCUAAUGAGAAAUGGCAGGAUAUUGUCAAAGAGGUAAAGUUCCUUCAAAAGCUGCGGCACCCAAACACUGUGGAGUAUCGAGGAUGCUACCUGCGAGAGCACACAGCAUGGCUGGUGAUGGAAUACUGUUUGGGUUCGGCCUCAGAUCUCUUGGAAGUGCACAAGAAACCACUACAGGAAGAGGAGAUAGCAGCAAUUACCCAUGGUGCAUUGCAGGGCUUGGUAUACCUUCACUCGCACAACAUGAUUCACAGGGAUGUGAAAGCAGGUAACAUCUUGCUGACAGAGCCUGGCCAGGUGAAACUAGGAGACUUUGGCUCCGCCUCCAUCGUUGCUCCAGCCAACUCCUUUGUGGGCACACCUUACUGGAUGGCUCCAGAAGUUAUCCUGGCCAUGGAUGAAGGGCAAUAUGAUGGAAAGGUUGACGUGUGGUCACUCGGCAUCACCUGCAUAGAGCUUGCGGAGAGAAAGCCUCCCUUAUUUAACAUGAAUGCUAUGAGUGCCUUAUACCACAUCGCCCAGAAUGAGAGCCCAGUCCUGCAGUCCAAUCACUGGUCGGAUUAUUUCCGUAACUUUGUGGACUCUUGUCUGCAGAAGAUCGCCCAGGAUAGACCUACCUCUGAUGUGCUGCUUAAACAUCACUUCCUGUGCCGCGAGCGUCCGGUGACUGUGGUGAUGGAUCUGAUAGCACGCACUAAAGAUGCCGUGAGGGAGUUAGAUAACCUGCAAUACCGAAAGAUGAAAAAGAUCCUUUUCCAUGAGACGCACAAUGGGCCUGCUACCGAGGGUACAGAGGAGGAAGAGGAUGUCGAGCAAUACAUGUUACGAACGGGGACGGUUAACAGCAUGGAAAGCUCCCAUUCGCUGCCAUCCAUGUCAAUUAGUGCCAGUUCCCAGAGUUCUUCAGUGAACAGCCUGGCCGAUGGUUCAGAUGACAGUGGUGAGAUGGCUAUGAUGCAGGAGGGCGACCAUACGGUGACCUCCAACAGCUCUGUGUUGCACAAACCUCUGAUCCAUGAUAAUAUCUACGACGACCCCUACCAGCCAGAGGUGGACUCGCAGCAGCAGGGUCCCUCUGGGGGUCGCAGACGCAGAGGACGUGACCACUUUGCCACCAUCCGCACGGCCUCUCUGGUGACCCGUCAGAUUCAGGAGCAUGAGCAGGGUUCAGCACUCAGAGAACAGAUGUCUGGGUACAAACGCAUGAGAAGGCAGCAUCAGAAACAGCUGAUGGCUUUGGAGAACAAGCUGAAAGCAGAGAUGGAUGAACAUCAGCUCAGGCUCGACAAAGAACUGGAGACGCAAAGGAACAACUUCGGCAGCGAGGCAGACAAGCUAAACAAGAAGCAUCAGGCCGUCCUGGAGAAAGAGACUAAGAGUACUCUUGGAGAGGAGAAGAAGUUCCAGCAGCAUAUCUUGGGCCAGCAGAAAAAGGAGUUGACCGGUUUACUUGAGACUCAGAAACGGCAGUACAGACAACGAAAAGACCAGCUCAAGGAGGAGCUCAAUGAGAACCAGUCCACACCAAAGCGAGAGAAACAAGAGUGGCUGGUUCAGCAGAAGGAGUGUCUCCAGCAGCACCAGGCAGAGGAGGAGGCAGGGUUGCUACGACGGCAGCGGCAAUACUACGAGCUGCAGUGUCGUCAAUACAAAAGGAAAGUGCUGCUAGCCCGCCACAACAUGGAGCAAGACCUGCUCAGAGAGGACCUGAAUAAAAAGCAAACUUUGAAGGACCUGGAAUGUGCCAUGUUGCUUCGACAUCACGAGUCCACCCAAGAGCUGGAGUUUCGGCAGUUAGGCCUCGUGCAGCACACGCGGGCCGAACUGAUCAGGACGCAGCAUCAGACCGAGCUCACCAACCAAAUGGAGUACAACAAAAGACGCGAACAAGAGCUACGGCAGAAGCACGCCGUGGAAGUUCGCCAGCAGCCCAAGAGCCUGAGAGUGAGUGACUGUGACAUCAUAGAGAACGUUACAGAAAUGGAGGGGACUAGUGAAGGGGAGGGGCUGGAGGGUGAAGGAGAGAGAGAAGGAGAAAGGAUAGGUGGAGAUGAAAGGCAGCCGAUAGGUGCUUCUGAAGAGACAGUUGAGGAAGAGAAGGGAGAACUAGACGUUUUUGAAGGCAACGAAACUUCUGACAUUCGAUGUCAAAAAAUCGACAGGGAAGGAAAAGAGGAGGAAGUGGUGACUUCAGCUAACAAUGCCAUAGAAGGAAGUGCAGAAGAACACUCGGAGAUCACUUUAGAGGUUCAUGUGAUAUCCAGAAACGAAAAGCACCAGGGACAGGGCCAAAAUGACACAGAUGAAGGAAUUGGGCUCCGGUGGGACGUGAACGAUGCUAAUGGUGGUAGCGAAUCAGAGAGCGAGGAAGAGGAUAGAGGUGUGGCUGACGGCUGUCCAUCAGAGUUGAUGCGUGGCCCCUUUUUUGAGCGUCGUCUUCACACGCGCGAUACAGACGAACUCUCCGAGUUCUAUUUCCCGGACACUUUAGAGGAGCUGGAGGUGCCGCCCAUGUUCCCACCUCCUCCCCCCACCUCCUCCUCCCAGUGCUCUUUGACCUCUCUUUUCUCUCACGUGAUCUGUCUCGCUCUCUCGCUCUCCACUGCCGUACAGCCGUCUGUGCUCACGCUUCUUUUUCUUUCCAUCUUCCUUCUUUCUCUUCGUCGCUCUCCGCCUCUUCCUUCUCUCGCUUCAAUUCUCCUCUCUGGUGAACUUACCUUCCUGGCCCUCUUUUUUUCGUACUUACUUUUGCGUUCUUGCUGCUCGCUGUCAUUUUCAACAUACCUUUCUCUGACGUACUGGGGUUUGGGUCUGUUCAGCUUGGGUCUCUCUUUAAGCCUGGGACUCUAUUACAUACCUGUGGCCCUGGUCUCGGCAUCCUUCCUCAGCUCGCCUUCGCUUUUUCUCACGCUGUACCUCGUCGUGGUGUUGGUUGUCCGCCCGGCGAGGGUCUUCCUCCAGAACGCCCCACGUAAACUCAACCGCCUCUGGAUGCGGGUUCUUUUCCGGCUGCCGAAGCCGCUCUUCACUGUGUGCCAGUCCAUCCUGGGCGGCCUGGCAGAGCGCAACCUUUACGACAUGUUCCCUAAAGCCGGCCGAAACUGGGGCGGCCGGCAGUCAAGAAUCCCUGUGCCUUUGAAGGGUCUUACUCCUCAGUAUCAGGCCAAAAGCAAACAGUCCAUGUUGUUUUCACGCGGGCUGCUUUUGUGCAGGCGGUUUGUCAGGCGACCCUUAGGCACUCUGACAGACUUGGCCAACUCCGUGGUGCUUCGGUUAGCCAAACGCGUGCUGCGUAAACUGCCGCAGAAUAACCUGAAAAAGCUGCAAGCCUUCGGUUUGCUCCGUAGAGAAAAACCAAGCAAGCUGCCGAGGCUUCUGCCCAGAGCUGUGAGGGAACAUCUGCGGAUGAUGCGCGAGAGGAGAGAGAAGGAGAGGAGGAGAAGGGAGGAGAAUGAGAGAAUAUGCAGGGAAGAAGGGAGGUGGGAAAGUGUGUUGAGAAGGACAGCCUCGGGCCGAAGUUUGAGGGGAAAGAUGCCAUGGAGAUGAAGGAGAAAAGAGAGAGACUCGGUGAUGGGAAACGUGUGUUAUCUGUGAUCUGUGCGAGUGUGCACAUUCCAUUCAGCCAUCACUGUGCAUUUGAUCUUUUUGUUGUUGUUGUUUUAUUCGAUUCUGUAUUCUCACACGCAGUCCUUUUUGUUAUACGUGGAAGUACUCUAUCUAUAGUAAUGUGCUGUUUCAUUCAGCUCACCUACUCGUGGUCAGUCACCUGUGAAUGUAAAGCGUAAGACAAUAUUGUGCUUUUUGUAAAAGUUUUUGUUGAUUUCAUUCACAAAUAGCAGUGUGUGUGUUAUGGUGAUUGAGGCCAUGUUUGUGCAAUCUUUAUUUUGUUUUAAUUUAUUUUUGAAGGGAGUCUUAAAACCUGAUAUUGCAAAACCAGGGCUAAUUUUAAAAUGUUUUCUGUAAAACUUGCAAAAGCCAUGACUGUUAUUUGCUAAAUUUACCGGACCCGCCGUGCAAGUAGAUUAUAAUACACAAUGCUUUACACUACAGACCCCCCAUAAAAAAAACUGCAAUCUUUAACAAAAGUGCAAUAGAAGGUGUCCCUUCGGUUAGGGUCCGUUUCAUAUAGUUUCUUUUAUCUAGAAAGUCCUUUAUGUAGAAAUGGUUUUGAAAUCGCUAACUAGGCUGUAUGUUGUCACAAAACCAAAUUGUAAACCAUUUUAACAGCCAACUGAAAGAACAAAAAGUUCUAUUCAAAUAAUAGAAAUGGAAAAUACACAUAACAGACAUCUCACGAGCGGUUUUGGAGACAGGACCUCAAAUGAGCAGUCACAUACUCAAAAAAUAUUGUUCUUAUAACUUCAACACGCAGUGAAACGAGCACUGAGGAGAGUUAUUUCCACCGCUUGUUAGUACAUCAUCUGUAGUGUUUUAUCCAUCCGGUUACAGUAUAAUAUCCAACAGAGAUCUUAAAGGCUGCUAAUCCCGUGUUCCCACUUUAGCUGUGAAUUUUACUUGAUGUUAAACCUCAUAACAUGAAGUGAAAUGAUCGCUUUCAAAAUGUAAAGUUAAACUCUACAACAGGAUAUAUGCAAUGUUAUUUAUACGUUUAGAGGGGAAACAUGAUCCCGCUGUUUUUCUGUGUUGAGUUCCUAAAUAGUUUGGUAGCUGAUGUGCUUGCAUAACAUACAUAUAUAUAUAUAUAUAUACUUGAGAUUGUCUGUUUUGCACCCAGCAUGACUACUUAUAGACUGGUGAGCUAGGCCAUAUGGAUCUGGAUUUGAUAUAUUACUUUUUUUAUUGCACUAGGGGCAAUGAUUUGACCAUAUUUACCAUGUAAACAAGUUGUUUGGUCAUAUUCCUAUGAAGUUAGGUAAAACCUGUUUAUAUCAAACAUGUUUAUGCAAAACCUUUGCGUAUUAUAUUCAUAGAUUAGCCCUAGUUUUUCAGUGUUUGUGUGAUCAAAUUUUAUUUAUAAGUAUUAUUGAUUGUAUUUCAGCGAUAUACAUAUCAUAGUUUAUGAGAAGCCAUUGUACAGUCAUUUUUAAAACUUAAAUUGCAAAUUAAUACCAAAGGUUAUGUGACAUGAGACAUUAAGAGGUUGACGAAUAGUUUGCACUGCUCUAAAACUGUUAGUAAAUACAAAAAAAGCUUUACAGUUUCUCAAAAGAGCCGUUUGAAUAGUAAAAUAAUAAAAAUUACAUUCUUUACAUAACGGUUUCCAAAAAAAAUAUUUCUUUGUAAAAUAAAGAUGUGUGUAUGAGAACAAAAGAUAGAUUUUAGCGUGAGACAAAAUGGUGUGUUCGUUAUUUCAUACUUUUGUUUACUCAUGCUCCCUUAGUUUUUUUUUUUUUAGGAUCAUUUGCUGUAUUUUAUGUGUUGCACCCUCUGUUUCAAGAUCAUUGUGUGUGCAUUUCAUCCUCGUUUUGUGUGUUUGUGCAUGAAUGGAUGUUUACGUUGAAGCCCAAAAAAACAUUUUUGUUAUACAUUUCUGAAAUAAAUGUUUGUUUCUGUUA